AUAUUCUUCCAGGGCUAUCGCUGCACUCGCUGUAAAAUGGCUGCACAUAAAGAGUGUUUGGGCAGGGUUCCCGCCUGCGGCCGAAACUCAGAUCAUUCCGGUACUUUGAAGAAGCAUAAAGCACAGAGAUCCUCCGGACAAUCCAGCGCUGGAUUUCCAAAGAUGGAGGCGUCUCAGGAGUAUUAUGGGGUGCCGCCGCCCCCCGUGGGCUUCGGCCAGCCGCUCCAACUCUCCAAAGGUGACAUCAUCGAGCUGACCCGGGCGGAUGCUGAGCUGCCGUGGUGGGAGGGAAGAAACAUGUCUGUUGGUCAGAUGGGAUGGUUCCCCUCCCAAAAGGUCCACCCCUACGUCCCCAGGCAGACCCCGGACCUGUCUUCAACCAUUUGGUGAGUCUCUACAGGAACCAAAGCCCAACGCUUAACUUCCUCCUGUGUGUGCAGUGCAGAAGGCCUGUUAGCACUACAGAGCUGAUACAGCAAACACUUACUGUCACAAAAACAGAACCAGA